AUGAGUCGAUCAAAUGUUAAUCUAUUGAAUUUACCUGACGAGAUACUACUUCUUAUUUUGAAAAAACUGAACAAUAUUGAUGUUCUUUAUUCAUUUAUCGACGCUAAUAAUGAUCAUUUGGACAGUGUAGCACGAGAAAAAAUCUUCAGUGAUACUCUCAAUUUUGUAUCCAUCGAUAACGUUUCUGCAAUUGAUCAACAGAAACCUGAUCGGUUUUGCAAGGUUAUUUUGCCAAAAAUUCAUGAAAAUGUCAAAUGUUUUAUUCUUGAACCACUUUCAAUGAAACGUAUUCUUCUUGCUGCUGAGUAUUCAAAUCUAACUGAACUUAAACUUUUUAAUUUCACAAAUUUAAAACAUUUGAGUAUUAUUGAAGCACAUAAUCGAUCAUAUCCAUCUUGUGAUUCACCAUCAAUUAGUUUUUCCUCUGCAACUCUUUCUUAUUUAUCUAUCAAUGUGAGCAUAUUUGAUGAUUGUCUUUAUUUACUUGAUGGUCGACUCAAACAGCUAACUACACUUAUUGUUCAAAUAUGUAAAACUAGCAAAUCUUCAUCAGUCAUUCCCAUUACGAGUAAUUUUCCUAAUUUGAAAUGUUUUUCAUUGACAUGUUAUUUUCUAUUUGAUAUAUAUGAUGAACACAUUUUACCUCUUCAUCAUAGAUUUAUCGAUCGUUCUCAUCUUCAAAAUGAAAUUCUUCUUUAUAUGCCACGUCUUCAUUCAUUUACUUUUUAUAUUAGUACUUCUGAUCGUGCUGCUGAUUUAUUUCGUUAUGUACCUAGACAAGAUAUUCAACGAAUUUAUGCAAAUAUUGGACACGAACAAUAUAUGGCUAAUAUGAUAAAUUAUAUCAGUAUUGAUGAAGCUGUAUAUUCUAUCUUCUCACUUCCUUUUGCAUUUCAUAGGAUUCGAGCUGUUGGAAACAUAUUUCCAGAUAUUGUAUUCAAAUAUGUUAUGAACUUAGUGGUACAUGAUAUAGUUCCAUUCACUUAUGAAUUCUUUCUUCGGGGUUUCUCGAACUUUUCCAUUACUGCAGACACUUCAUGUUAUAAAUCUUAUAUUACAAUCGUCGUGCGACAUUAACUCCUUUUUAUCUAAUGAUAGUCAAUCAUGUUCAAUCGCUAAAUAUCCUCAUCUUACCACAUUUAACGUCAGACGGGGAAAUAUUAACAAUGUUGAAGAAUUUUUAAAUGAAACGAAAACAUCUGUACCAUGUCUAACCAAAUUAAUGAUUAAAUACAAUGAUUUGAGAAUUGUGACGAAAAACUUUACAAGAGAAGAAACACAACACAAUUGUAAGAAGAUAAGAGAACUUUUACUGUUCAACAUACAGAUACAAAAGAAAGAUUUUUACCAUUACUUUCCUUCGUUGUUAUAAAUGAAAUUUUGUUUUGAUUUGUUCAAUAAAUUGAAAAAAGAACAUGAUGAAUGUUGUAUUUCGAUGAAUGCUUUAAUUAAGAUAUAAAGAAAUAUCGACUAUUUAUGAUAUUCUACUAACAAUUACUCUUAAGAUGGUGAUACUUAGAAAGAGGAUUAUAGAAGACAUGAAAACAGUUCUAAAAAUCAAAUCAGCAUGUUCCGUUCGUAUCUUUGCACAUUAUAAAAUAAAAUUUUAGGCCCAUUAAGAAAGCUUCACUCCUCAAGACAAAUGAGACAAAACAUAGAUUUUAAGCAAUUCUCUAAAAAUUGAUUUUCUAAAUGACUUUUGUACGUCUAUUUAUCAGUGGCAGUGGAAUUGAUACUUCGUUCUCGGAAAUAGCUUUCGGCUUCUGUACUAUGGGGAUUGUAUUGAAUAUUCAAGAUAGAUUGAAGUUAUAGUGAAGAGUUGGUAGUAAUAUAUUUUGCUCAAUAUAAUGAUUAGAGACCUGCAUAACCAAAGAAAAAAAAGAUUGUUCGAUAAGAGGUCAAGCAUAAGAGAGGUCCAGGCAGAGGAAAAAAGGAAGGGUCAGCAAAAAUAGACAUUUUUUGACAAGAAGGAAAAAAAGCGAUCUGUGAUUUUGUGAUCUAAACUGAAUUAAGAUUAUUUUCGUGAUUUGAAAAUGAGUUCGUAUGAUUUAAAUCAUGUAUAUAAUUCUAUAAAUGAACUUUUAGUGUUAUCUACAACUCUUAUCUUUUAUGUAGCAAAUAAUUGAAAUUAUUCGCUGUUUUGUUCGAUUCUAUUCAGAUGCGGAUCAGAUAAUUGCUAUGCUAAUGAAGUAGUGUACCAGAAAAAGCUUAGAAUUUGCGUCUAUAUAUACGUCUGGAAAAAAAUAUUUAUAGUUCGUAUUUUUAGUAUAUUGUCACUAUAAAAACCCAGAAUAUUUAAAACUAAUUAAAUAUUCUGAAAGCAUGUGGAGUUUUCUAUCAGCCUACAUAUUUAUGUUUUGGUUUGCACUUAUGCAUAACGAUAAUAAAUGUAGUACAAUGAAGGUACCAUAAAUGUCUAGAUUCCCUAACAACAAAAUUUUGUCAAUGACAUGAAAAUAGUUUUUAAAUUUUUUAUCACUAGAGCAGUUCUUUUUGAACAAACUAAUUAUAUAUUCUGAUAAAGCUUGAAAUUCUUUAUCAUCCUAUAUAUUUAUCUAUUGUCUUGACUAUACUUAUUCAGCAGAAAAAUCAAGUAUAUUGAAUAUUAUCUCAAUUUAGAAGGAUCAAAAAUCUUUAUUUUUCAGUCUUGUUCUACAGUCGUUAGUAUAUAUAGGCACUUUGUGGAAUAUAAUCAUAUAUUCUUAUAGAGCUUCAAAUACUCUAUCAUCUUCUAUAUUUUUCUUCUAUACUACAUUUGUGUGCUACAUGUAAUAGAUCGAAGACAAUGCAAAAACAUACUGGAUGGUACAGAUUUUCAAGCGCUAUUAAAAUCUAUAAUUAGUUUUGUGUGAAAAUUUAGAUAUGUAAAAUAAUAAUUUAAAAAAACUUACAAGAUUAUCGAAAAAAAAAAUAAAGAUUUUUGAUCCUUCUAAAUUGAGAUAAUAUUCAAUAUACUUGAUUUUUCUGCUGAAUAAGUAUAGUCAAGACAAUAGAUAAAUAUAUCGGAUGAUAAAGAAUUUCAACUUUAUCAGAAUAUAUAAUUAGUUAGUGAUAAAAAGUUUAAAAACUAAUUUUCAUGACAUUGACAAAAUUUUGUUGUUAGAGAAUCUGGACAUUUAUGGUGCCUUCAUUGUACUACAUUUAUUAACGUUAUGCAUAAGUGCAAACCAAAACAUAAAUAUGUAGGCGGAUAGAAAACUCCAUAUGCUUUCAGAAAAUUUAAUUAGUUUUUAAUAUUCUGGGUUUUUAUAGUGACAAUAUACUAAAAAUACAGACUAUAACUAUUUUUUUUCCAGACGUAUAUAUCAUAUUCAUUUGAUAUUGCGUACAAUGAUCGCUUUCAAAUCAAAAGUCAUAUUAUAUGAUCUCCUUCUAACUCUUUUAUACUAUUGUAUUAAGUCACAUUCAUUAUGACUAUCAGAUAGACUAGACGUUAAUUAGUUUUCAAAUAUAGAAUGAGAAAGAUACACUGUUUAGUUCCCUCAGAACAAAAAUCUAAUAUAUACGAGAAAAAAAAUAUAGAAAAAUUGUAUUUAUUCUUUUUGAUUCAGUUGAAUCGAUUAGUAGAAAAAAUAGGUAUAGUUUUUGAUACAUAAUAAUUUGUAGUCUGUUCAUCCCUAGAGAUAUGUAGUGUCCGUGUUGACACCGAAAUACCGAUAAUGAAGUACUGACUACACCAAUCUCGGCGUUUGAUGAAACAAUCAGAUAUUAAUUCUGUCAGAAUGUUUGUCUCUUAUGUUACGCUUAAAAUUAUUAAUAAGAUGUACUGAAAAGAGUACUUCUACACUUUCAAAAUACAUCGUAAGUUUGGCCAAUAUGUUGAACGAUGAUGCCAUGUUCACAAAAAUAGAUCACUUCUAGUUCUGCUUUAAGACAUUAAUACGAGUUUCGAUCUAUAGUCCUGAGAGUGUGGGUGUGGAUGCGACUGUGCUGUGGUUGUAUGCAUACUCCAUUCAGCAUUCACGCACACCCACAUUCCACGCACCCACACCCACACCCAUACCCUAAUUUCAAACAAGGUCUAAUGUUAAAAUAAGAAACCAACAGGAUGAUCGGAUUUCGAAUGCAUCAAAGAUUUUCCAAUUAUGGGAUUUGGCUGUUGGAAUUGUAUACCAAGCAUUCCGACGAUUUUCAACAGGAUCUGAACCUGGGAUUCGUCGACCUGGGUUGGGAAUGUUCCCUCAUAAGUUUGUUUUUUUGAUUGUAUUUCAUUUUUUUAAAUCAUCUUAUGGCAAAUAAUUACAUUAAGUAUUGUAGACAAACUACACUGAAAAGAAAUUUUUACUUUUCAAUAGAUUCUAGUUCAUAUUUUUGUUAAAUAACUAUGCUAGAUAUAACGUAAAGAGUUAUACGAAAAAAUGCAGAAAUAUCAACAAGAAACACUGUCUCAUUGAAAGUUUGUUUGAUUCAAAACAAUCGGACCUGAUGAAAUAGGACUUUGAUAUACUAAAUGAAAUGUUUUGAUCGAAAUCGAAUAGUCAC